AAAAGUAAGGAGCUAAAAAAAAAAAGGAAAGUUAAAAAAAAAAAAAAUCGAGAAAACCAGAUUCUCCUUCUAAAAUGAAUUACCUUGGCGUUGUCGCCAAGCACUAAACCGUGCGACCUUCACCCAGCGCUAAACCCUAACAUUUAAUAACGCCUCAAGACCCCGGAAACCCCAACAGGAAAACCAAAGUAAAGGGGAAAGAAAACUGGAUUAAUUUGUUUAUGGAUUCCUUUUGAAAUUAGUUUCAAAUUUUCAAUGGUAGCUGCUUCAAGGUGCUUCAAGCUUCUUCUUCGAGGCAAAGGGACUUUCAAUUUCAAUUCCACUUCAAUUCGAGAUUUGGGCAACCGUCUAAUAAUCGGGUAUUACCCUCACGGUGUAAGUCAAAAGAAUUAUUUCACAUCCAUCCCAGUUGGAUUCUCUUGCAUCCGCCUAUUUUAUCCCAUUGUAAGUAAAAUCAUCGGAAAUUAUAACUCGCUUGCAACUCAGGCUGCUCCGGAUGAAGAGGAAGUGACUGAUGAAGUCUUGAAUCAAAUUCUCGCUACCUAUGAAAACACGCCAAAGUCGAGCAGGGAAAGGUGUAUUGCUUUUGUUCAUAAGCUUUGCAAAUCUGGGAAUCUUUCUAUGGCUAUUAGAUUACUGCAAUCAUUGCGUGAUAAAAAUAUCUUCAUCCCCAAUGCAUAUAAUACCCUUUUGGCGGCAGCUGCUGAAAGAAAUGAGAUUGACCUUUCGUUUCAGAUAUUCAAAGAUUUGUUAGUGUUUCAUAGACCUUUGAGCUCAACUUGUUAUCUUAAUCUUGCAAGGUCUUUUGCUAAGACUAAUGACUGUACAACAUUGAUUAGAUACGUCAAAGAAGUGUCAAAGUUAGCUUUUCCCAGUAGCACGAUAGUUAUAAACCGAAUCAUCUUUGCCUUUGCUGAAUGUAGGCAGAUAGACAAGGCUCUUUCGAUAUUUAAUCAGAUUAAUAGUUUCGGAUGCAAGCCUGAUGUGAUAACAUAUAAUACUAUUCUGGAUAUCUUAGGUCGUGCUGGUCGGGUGAAUGAAAUGGUCCAUGAAUUUGGUUCUAUGAAGGAAGCCGGCUUUGUUCCAGAUUUUAUUACUUACAAUACGUUAUUGAACAAUUUGAGGAAGGUUGGGAGGUUGGAUAUGUGCUUAGUGUUUUUCAGAGAAAUGAGUGAUAGUGGAGUUGAACCAGAUUUGCUUACUUAUACAGCAAUGAUUGAGACUUUUGGCCGAUCAGGGAACACUGAGGAAGCAUUAAGACUCUUCAGUGAGAUGAAGCAGAGGCAGAUUCAUCCAUCAAUCUACAUAUAUCGAUCCCUAAUCAGCAUUUUGAAGAAGGCAGGGAAGGUGGAUUUGGCAAUGUUUUUCUCAGAGGAGAUGAAUUCAUCUCUUUUAGACUUAGCUGGUCCAGAGGAUUUUAAACAUAAACGUAGGUAGUUAUAUAUUUGAUUCAGCGAUUGAAGUUCCAAAGAAUUAUUUUAAUGUCAUCUGGAGUACUUCAGUUUGGCUCAAAGCAGAAUAAGGUUGUGUUAGGACUUCCCAUCAUGCAUUACUACUGAUAUUGGUAUGUGUAUUCUGCUAUCCGCAUUUCCUUUUGUCCCAUCACUUAAGAAUUUUUUGUCAUCAUUUUUUUGAUACUUGAGGCUGUCAGGAUUUGAUCCCUGAUAAAAGAAUCUAAGAGUCCAACACUCUGCCAACAGACUAUGCGGCUGUUGGCAAAAUGAAUAUGAGGAGUUUAUAGGUAAUCUUAAAAUGAGAAGUAGAGGCAAGCAGAGCCAACGGCUGAGCGUACCAUGGACAACAUAUAGUUCAAAUUGGCUGAACCGAUUUUGCAUUUAAGCAUUGCAUUUAUAUACCUUGUAAUACAAAUCAGUUUUCAGUUUGCCAACGGCCAGCAUGGUUCAAAUUCAUUGCAACAUUGGAAAAGGAUCGACAGCAAUCAUCAUAGAUUUGAGAUGUCUGAAUUGUAUGCAUGUCUGAGUUGCAUGCUUAUGACGAUACCCAUAACCUUUGCUAUGAUAGUUCAAGCAACAUAAUUUAGCACUGCGUGAUGUUAGACUAUUUAUAUUAUUUUGACUCAUAGAUUUCACCUAGUUUCAUCUAUCAUCUAUGGUUUUUUUUUUUUUGGUGUAAAACAGAGUACUUGAUAAUGACCCAAAAUAAUGUGAUACUCUCCUUAAUGGUGGCCAGUGAGCUUUGUAACUAGAUGCUUUUAUUUUGGAGUAUAUAUCAAGUUUAUGAAACAAGGUCGAGUCAACUAAAGAGACAAAUGUAUGAUGUAACAUCGACAAUUUUUUAGACGAUGGCAAAAGAGCUUAGGAUCCUUCACUCUUUUCUCUUGAUAUCUAUGUCUUCUCUCAUCUGCAAGGAUAUCUAGCACGAGUAAGCUGAUAUAUGUGGCUAUUGGACAGCGAAUGGCCAAGCCGCAAUUUGAACCAUUUCUAACAUGCUUAUUGCUUUAUUUUUACUCGUAUCAUUCGGGAAAUCUGGAUAGAAAGGAACCAGCGUAUAUUUAGGGGAAACAGAACAGAGGUUGACGUUGUAGGGAGUAUUUUGCUAUGAACCAGGGAAUCACAAGAACCAGCCUCCCGUUGUUUACUCCUAUCCGAUGGGACGCGCCACUGGAAGGCUGGUGUAAACUCAACACUGAUGUUUCAUCUAUUGGAAAUCCUGGCAAAGCUGGUGCGGGUGUUAUCAUUCGAGACCAUGAAGGAAAAUGGAUGAUUGGGUCGUCUAGGUUUAUCGGAUAUUCUUCCAACAUCAUGGCAGAAACAUGGGCUGUUAAAGAUGGACAGCUUUUGGCUAUAGACAGCUAGAAAUUUGAAGACUUGGAGUUGAGCUUGAAGCCUCCGUUAUUGUUUCUACGCUCCGAAAUUGGUCAUCCUUUCACCCAUGUUUACAUCCCUUAAUCUCUGACUGCAGGAAACUCAGAGGAAUUUAAACAGCAGCGAAUCUUGCCUGCCUCCUAGGAAGGAAAUGGGCGUGCAGAUGCUCUUGCUUGUUUUGGAAGUAGGUAUUUAUGUAAUAGUGUUCUCUGUAAUGGAAGUAGGCAUUUGUGUACUAGUGUUCAUUGUAAUGAACUUGUGAAGUCUACUUCGUAAUUUCUACAAGCUCAAAGUAAUGCUCCCCAAGUCUUUGCAGUUGGCUACAUAGAUUUUAUAAGCCUUGUACAACCUCCACGCUCCACUCAAUGCAUCAACUAAAUAUGGAUAAUGAUCAGCACUGGCUUCAACUAAUAAUACUUAUGAAUUCUAUCAAAAUAAUCCAAUGUUUCAUCACCAAUGCAGCAUGGCUACAUGCUUAUAAUACCCCAAGAAAAGUAAUGUCAUCAGGCCACACUUUAGCCAGGUUUGCAUAAAGUGGAAGUGCAAGAAGGCCUCCAUGCGGUUGCCUUAAUUCACGUGAGAGGUUAACUGUUUUGUUAAAGACAGUAGAUGCAAGCCAACAAUGUUUGGGUGUGUGGAAUGCAAGAGAUUUAUUAUUCUUUCUAGAAGUGAAAAAAACUGAAGCAAUGGAUGUUGGCAGACAUUAGUUAAUGUUAAAAGUUAUAACAUGAAAUUUUGACUAGCAAAAGUAAGCAUAAUACAUUGAUCUUCUUCAAGGAAGCAAUACCAUACAGUAAAGAAGCUCAAUACAAAUGGAAUCAACCGAAAGUGAGGGAUGGAUUUUAUCCAAAAAUCAUAUGUAAUUGUAAAACUCAACAAGUGACAUUGACCUGGUGAAGCCAGUAGGACAUUUGGACAGUCAAUCUCUGGAUUAAAGAACCAACCCAGUUGGAAAGUCAAUCUAGGACUCCCAUGUUUGUCUGAGAGUUCAAUUAUAAAAAUAAAGAAAUCACCUCUAGUUUUGACCAAAUAUAGGACACUUGCAUAUCAUUGCUAUGUUGUUUGAAUACAACUUCCUCUCCCUAUAAAAUCUAAUGAACACUGAAGAAUUUUAAAUAACAACAGUCUCUAAAUAAACUGAAGAAUUUUAAAUAACAACAGUCUCUAAAUAAACUGAAGAAUCCAGUUAAUACCUGCAAAUUUUACAAAAAAGAAAUUUAGUGCUGUUAUUUAACUCCGAUCUCGUAAAAAAAAAAA